AUGAAGAAGUUAUCAACAAUAUUUCUUAAUAACCGAUCUGAGGAAGCGCAAUGUCGUCUUGGCCGCUCGGGGGAGCAGCACCAUCAGGAGCAGCUCGAUAGAGAGAAGCAAGAUGAAAUGAAUGAAAGUCCUGUACCAUUCGUGACCUGGCGAUCUCUAGCUCUAGGUGCCUUUGUUUCCAUAGGAGGCAUUAUAUUCGGCUAUGACACUGGUCAGAUCUCCGGCUUUCUCGAAAUGGACAAUUUUAAACGACGAUUCGGCCAGCGGCAGCUGGAUGGAACUUACGCUUUCAAUAACGUGCGAUCAGGGCUGAUAGUGUCCAUGUUGUCCAUCGGUACGCUUCUGGGAGCCCUGAUGGCUGGUCCACUGGCUGACCGGCUUGGCCGCAAAUGGUCCAUUGCAUUUUGGUGCAUUAUUCUUCAUGUUGGCCUCAUCAUUCAGAUCUCGUCGCCACACCCUAAGUGGUACCAAUUCAUGAUGGGUCGUUUCGUGACCGGUUUUGGUGUGGGCGCUUGCUCUUUACUAGUGCCAUUAUAUCAAGGCGAGACAUCCCCAAAACAGAUACGUGGGGCCAUGGUCUGCUCGUACCAAUUGUUCGUUACCCUGGGUAUCUUUGUUGCCUACUGCAUAAACUAUGGGACAGAGGGCAUGAGCAACUCGGCAUCCUGGCGUAUUCCUCUCGGAAUCACGUUUCUGUGGGCUUUGCUUCUCGGUAUUGGAAUCAUAUUUUUCCCAGAGAGCCCUCGCUAUGACUUCAGGCACGGGCGCGCGGACAAAGCCCGACAAACCAUGUCAAAACUUUAUGGCGUGCCCCAGAACCACCGGGCUAUCAUAGAGGAACUUACUGAGAUUAGGGAACAACUCGAGGCUGAAAGCUCCUCCAGAGGUGGUUUUCAUGGGUGGAUAGAGAUGUUCCAGGGGCCUCGGAUGUUUUAUCGCAUAACCCUAGGCAUUGUACUGCAGGCACUACAACAGCUGACUGGAGCUAACUAUUUCUUCUAUUACGGUACAACUGUCUUCAAUGGAGCGGGUAUCUCAAACGUGUUUGUCACGCAGAUGAUCUUGGGCGGAGUGAACUUCGGCACUACUUUCUUCGGCCUUUAUGUUGUCGAGCAUUUUGGAAGACGAAAAAGUUUGGUGACAGGAGGAAUAUGGAUGUUUGUGAAUUUCAUGGUUUUUGCCUCAGUUGGCCACUUUUCUCUGAAUGUGGAAGAUCCUUCUGCUACUCCUGGCGCUGGCAAGGCAAUGGUUGUCUUCGCCUGUUUGUUUAUUACUGGUUUCGCGACUACGUGGGGCCCCAUGAUUUGGGCUAUCGUGGCAGAGCUUUACCCAUCCCGCUAUCGAGCUAAGGCUAUGGCCAUGGCCACGGCUUCGAACUGGCUGUGGAAUUUUCUUAUUGGGCAUCGGGAAAUCAGGUUCUUUACGCCCUUUAUCACGGGAGAUAUCGAUUUCGCUUAUGGCUAUGUGUUCGCCGGCUGCCUUUUCGCAGCCAUACUCAUAGUCUACUUCUUUGUACUCGAGGGCAAAGGGAAGACGCUUGAAGAAAUGGACAUGAUGUAUGUGAUGCGCGUACCUCCCUGGAAAAGCAGCAAAUGGGUCCCUCCCCCCCCGGAAGAACGCGUAACAACGGCGCAUAUUCUGGACCAGCGAGCGGCCCGUGAAUUUGCCAAUGAAGAUGAGUCGAGCAAAAGAAACCAGGUGCCAGCACAUCAGCAUAUUGACCAAAAUGAUGCUGGAGUUGGGCCGUCGGCGUAA